AUGGCACCUCCUCGUUACGAAUCCGAAGAUGUCUCCGCUGCCCCUCUGGGCCAGCCUCUGGAGUUCGCCUUUGCCAACCGCUCGGCACCUAACAGAUUCCUCAAGGGAGCCAUGACCGAGCGUCUGUCUUCCUGGGACCCUGAGAACUUGCCUGCUCGUGGUGUACCUUCGGACAGACUCAUCAACCUGUACAAGAGAUGGGGCGAGGGCGAGAUUGGUCUGAUCCUCUCCGGAAACAUCAUGUUUGAGUACGACCAUCUCGAGGCUGCCGGCAACCCCAUCAUCCCCGUUGAUGCUCCUUACGAGGGCGAGCGUUUCGAGAACUUCAAGCGUAUGGCUACCGAGGGAAAGAAGAACGGUAUGCUUAUGGUUGGUCAGGUUUCGCACCCUGGUCGCCAGGUCGAGAGCCGUAUUCAGAAGAACCCUAUCUCAGCGAGCGAUGUCCAGCUCAAGGGUGACGUUAUGGGCAUGACUUUCGAGAAGCCCCGUGCUGCCACCGAGGAAGACAUUUCCCGCAUCAUCGACGGUUUCGCUCACGCCUGCGAGUACCUUGAGAAGGGUGGCUGGGACGGUGCCGAGCUUCACGGUGCUCACGGCUACCUCCUCGCCCAAUUCCUCUCCCCUACCACCAACCAGCGUACCGACAAGUACGGUGGCAGCCUCGAGAAUCGCGCCCGCCUCAUCAUUGAGAUCGCCAACGAAGUUCGCAAGCGCACAUCGCCCAACUUCAUCCUUGGUAUCAAGUUGAACAGUGUUGAGUUCCAGGACAAGGGCUUCAACCCUGAGGAAGCCAAGGAGCUGUGCAAGAUGCUCGAGGAGAAUAAGUUUGACUUUGUCGAGUUGAGCGGUGGUACUUACGAGCACCUCGCCUUCGGCCACAAGCGCGAGAGCACAAGAAAGCGUGAGGGCUUCUUCAUGGAGUUCUCAGACUUGAUCGCUCCCGCCUUGACCAAGACCAAGGUCUACGUUACCGGUGGCUUCAAGAGUGUUGGCGCCAUGGCUACUUCGCUCAAGUCAAUCGACGGUGUCGGUCUUGCUCGUCCUCUCUGCCAGGAGCCUCGUCUCUGCAAGGAUAUCCUCGCCGGCAAGGUCAAGGGUGCCAUCAAGCAGCGCCCCGACGACAACAACUUCGGCAUUACCAACGUUGUCGCCGGCACCCAGAUUCGCCAGAUUGCCAAGGACCAAGAGCCUAUUGACAUGAGUGAUGAGAAGAACGAGCAAGAUUUCAUGAAGGAUAUGGGCGAGUGGGCACAGAAGAUGUCGCAGGACAGCAAGAACGCCAGCUAUGGCUACAUUGACCUGACCAGCGCCACUGCUCUGCCUUAUGGUGGUGCCUCUGUUUAA